AUGGAAUUACUACCUGAAGGUCAAAAGAAUAAUACAAAUGUUACCUUUGAAGAUCAACAGAAGAUUAACCAAUUUUCCAAGCUUAUAAUGAGGAAAGAUGCUAUAGAACAAGAGUUGAACAUACAACGACAGGAAAAGGAAUAUUCUGAUGACGUUUCACUAGAACUUGAACUAAUCGAUGAAGAUGAACCGGUGCAGUACAAAGUUGGUGUGAUUUUCCUACAUUUGAAACAAAAAGAAGCUGUCGAGCAAUUAGAGAAAGAUAUGGAAUCUACACAGGGUAGAAUCGAUGAAUUGGAAAGCGAACAAGACGGUUUAGAUGCUCAACUAAAAGAACUGAAAAGCAUUCUUUAUGCCAAAUUUGGUGACAACAUCAAUUUAGAACGUUGA